AUGGUUAAUUUACUGCCAGGUCUUGGUCUUCUCGGUGAACUACAAUGUGCUCCAUUAGCGGAUCCACCAUAUGGUGAGUUGACAUAUUCGGAGCCAGCUACCCCCUCGUACCCGUCGCGAACAAUUGCUACAUUGGUAUGUAAUCUGGGAUUUAUAGCAAGCGGAGCGGUUGAAUCGACAUGUAUUAAUGGACAAUGGCAGCCACCUGCAAUGGGAGUUUGCCAACAGAGCUUUGGCGGCCUCGGCCUUGGACCACUGUCUCCAAUGUCCAGCCAGUGCAUGUUUGAAAUACCUGCUGUAGCUAAUGGACAAAUCCGAUAUUCCACGGUAAGAAUUUUUUUUUUUUUUGUAAACUGUGUGUAAAA